UUUUUUUUUUUUUUUUUUGUCAUGAUGGCCAGCUACCCCGAGCCGGAGGACUCCGCGGGGGCCCUGCUGACCCCGGAGAGCGGGCGGACAGUCAAAGAGCCCGAGGCGCCUCCGACGAGUCCCGGCAAGGGCGGCGGGACAGCACCGGAGAAGCCGGACCCCGCGCAGAAGCCCCCGUACUCGUACGUGGCGCUCAUCGCCAUGGCGAUCCGCGAGAGCGCCGAGAAGAGGCUCACCCUGUCGGGCAUCUACCAGUACAUCAUCGCCAAGUUCCCGUUCUACGAGAAGAACAAGAAGGGUUGGCAGAAUAGCAUCCGCCACAACCUCAGCCUCAACGAGUGCUUCAUCAAGGUGCCGCGCGAGGGCGGCGGCGAGCGCAAGGGCAACUACUGGACGCUCGACCCGGCCUGCGAGGACAUGUUCGAGAAGGGCAACUACCGACGCCGCCGCCGCAUGAAGCGGCCCUUCCGGCCGCCGCCCGCUCACUUCCAGCCGGGCAAGGGGCUCUUCGGGUCCGGAGGAGCGGCGGGUGGCUGCGGCGUGGCGGGCGCGGGGGCCGACGGCUACGGCUACCUGGCGCCGCCCAAGUACCUGCAGUCGGGGUUCCUCAACAACUCCUGGCCCCUGCCGCAGCCGCCCUCGCCCAUGCCCUACGCCUCCUGCCAGAUGGCGGCGGCCGCGGCAGCAGCUGCGGCGGCCGCGGCAGCCGCCGGUCCCGGCAGCCCCGGUGCAGCCGCGGUGGUCAAGGGGCUGGCGGGCCCCGCCGCCUCCUACGGGCCGUACUCGCGCGUGCAGAGCAUGGCGCUGCCGCCGGGCGUCGUGAACUCCUACAACGGCCUGGGAGGCCCUCCCGCCGCGCCCCCGCCGCCGCCGCACCCCCACCCGCACCCUCACGCACAUCAUCUGCACGCGGCCGCCGCACCCCCGCCAGCUCCGCCACACCACGGGGCUGCCGCGCCGCCCCCGGGUCAGCUCAGCCCAGCCAGCCCGGCCACCGCCGCGCCCCCGGCACCCGCGCCCACGAGCGCGCCCGGCCUGCAGUUCGCCUGCGCCCGGCAACCCGAGCUCGCCAUGAUGCAUUGCUCUUACUGGGACCACGACAGCAAGACGGGCGCGCUGCACUCGCGCCUGGAUCUCUGAGAGCCACCGUGUGCGGGCGCGGCCCCCGGGGUGCAGGAGCGGAGCUCGGGUCGCAGCCGCAGGGUCGCAGCCUCAGCAGCCGGCCGGGACAGCGCACACUCUGGGAC